AGGAGUGGAUCAGCGCCUCCAACUGUGGAGGGUUCUUUGAGUGCUGUAGGAGGGUUGUUUGGUGGUGGCGGCAGCAGUGGCGCCGCUUCUACUGGUGAAAAUGCUGGCUUUUCGGAGUUUAGAAGGACUAAAGAUGUGAAUGGGAUUGCUUCUGAGGAAGAGCUUAGGUCUGAUCCAGCUUAUCUUUCAUACUAUUACUCCAAUGUGAAUUUGAAUCCUAGGCUGCCGCCUCCUUUGCUGUCAAAGGAGGAUUGGAGGUUUCAACAAAGACUUAAAGGUGGAGCUUCAGUUCUGGGUGGAAUUGGAGAUAGGAGGAAGGUGAACAAGCCUGAUGAUAAUGGUGGUAGAUCGCUGUUUUCUAGCCCACCGGGUUUCAACAUGAGGAAACAAGAGAAUGAGGUGGACAAUGAAAAGACCAGAGGUUCUGCCGAGUGGGGUGGUGAUGGACUGAUUGGUUUGCCUGGACUAGGGCUGAGCAAACAGAAGAGCUUUGCAGAAAUUUUCCAGGUGGCUU